UUCCGAAGGAAAAUAAUUUAAACGAAGGAUUUUUUUAACAAUGAUCGGAGAUAUCUCCCCGCCGGUCGCUUCAAUCCCAGUUGUUGAAGGAAAUGCGGAAGUGAGGAAGAAGAAGAAUUUGCUUCCGCCGAUGUCAAAGGUGGCGUCUCAUUUUGGCACAAGCGGAAUUUCCGUCGCGUUGGCCACCGGCGUGACUCAUCCUCUCGAUGUACUGAAAGUACGAUUGCAGAUGCAGCAAGUCGGCCAAAGAGGCCCUUUGAUCGGAAUGAAUGGAAUCUUUGUUCAACUAAUGAAGAAGGAAGGGCCUAAAUCUUUAUACUUGGGGUUGACUCCUGCUCUCACUAGAUCAGUACUUUACGGCGGUCUCAGGUUGGGAUUAUACGAACCUACCAAGGUUGCUUUUGAUUGGGCGUUUGGGUCCACUAAUGUCUUUGUCAAGAUAGCAUCAGGCGCAUUUGCUGGAGCGUUUUCCACAGCGUUAACCAACCCGGUUGAAGUUGUGAAGGUAAGGUUGCAGAUGAAUCCAAACGCGGUUCCCAUUGCAGAAGUGCGAGAGAUAGUCUCUAAAGAAGGCAUAGGAGCUUUAUGGAAAGGAGUUGGUCCUGCCAUGGUUAGAGCUGCAGCACUAACUGCCUCACAGCUUGCAACAUACGACGAAACCAAGCGGAUUCUGGUUAAAAGAACUUCUCUAGAGGAAGGGUUUCAUCUACAUUUGUGCUCAAGUGUGGUUGCAGGUGUAGUGAGCACUCUGAUAACCGCGCCCAUGGACAUGAUUAAAACCCGCUUGAUGUUGCAGCAAGAUUCUGAAAGCUCCAGAAUCUACAGAAACGGGUUUCAUUGCGGUUACAAGGUUAUUCGCAAAGAAGGACCUUUGGCACUUUACAAAGGAGGCUUUGCGAUUUUUGCACGGCUCGGACCACAAACGAUGAUCACGUUCAUACUCUGCGAGAAGCUAAGAUCACUCGCUGGACUUCACACAAUGUAACCACUGACCAGUUUUGUGCCAAGCUUUGUCCUAUACAAGCUAAGUUCUACUCCAUUUUUGAUUAUUUUGUUCAUCACUAAUUUAUUAUUUAUAUGUUAGUGUUAAUAAUAGUAGACAUUUCUCAAAUUAUCAUCAAUCGUCCAAUUUUGCGGAAUCACAAUCUGCUCUAUGAUUCCAUCAUUUUACUCACUUUAUGACAAAAAGAAACGAGUAUGUCACUCUACAGUUUUCUCUCAAAUAAUUAAGUUUUUAUGUGGUUUGCUAUUAGUCGGAAUUAGAAUAAACUUUUAUUAUAAAGUUAAAAGUACUUUUUAGUUGGUAUAUUCUUAUUGUCUUCUGGAUCCAAGCUUGAUGGAAACUGAGCCUUUUUCUCAAUUAGAUUGGAUAUGCAUUGAUUUGAAAUGAUAUCUAUCCAAAUAAAAACAUACGUACGUAGUGGUUAUGUCGAAAUCACUUCUAUAUUACAAAGUGUGUUGACACUCUAAUAAUUAUGCUAGUCUCCAUCUCGAAGAAUACAAAUUAUUUUUAAUAAUUGUUGAAUAUUGACUAAUUAUCCAAACAAAAUAAUAAUAAUUAGAUUAUGGUGGAAGUUGGUUGUAGUUGUAGGCAAUUGAACACGCUGGAGGUUGGACUGUGUUUAUGUUUUUUUUUUUUUUUUUUUUGGUUUGACGAACUAAAUUAUAGUACAAACAUGCGUGUUCAAAAAACUUGUAGGGUCAAAACGUAAAAAGUUAAUAAAUACAGGGGUCUAUUUGUUGGAAAUAGGAGGAGAAAAAUUAAUUUUGUGGCGUGGAGAAAGGAGCAAGUUGGAGCUGCUCGAGUCUUUGUUUUCUGGUCACGUUGGCGGGACAGUCUGGCAUGCUUAUGUUUUGCCCCUCAGUUUACGAUUUAACUACGGUUUUGCCAUUCCAUUUUUCUCUGACCAUUUUGCCCUUAGACAAUGACCUUUCAGUUGUGAUCUUCUUCUUUUUCAUUAGUUAAGAUCUACGGUCAAACUCUUCUUUCUUUCACUUUUGAAAAGGGGUUUCUUAACUAUAAUAAUUAGUACUAUAGUCUAUAUGUUUUACUACAAGAGUUAACUGGAUUGAUUGGUUUACAGGAUACGGCUGCAAUUGCCGAAAUUGGUGGAAACAAAUAAAGG